AUGGAAACAAAAUUAAGGAUAGAUAAAUGUUUAAAAGAUCUUUAUGAUAUUCUUCGAUCACAUAUUAAACCAUUAUGGAAUUCAUCAAUCAUCGAUGAACAGUUUAUUAAUUCAGAAGCUUCUAUUCAAUUUAUUCAAGCAGCAAAACCGUAUGAUAGUAAUUCAAGUUUACUUAUUACUGUUCUUAAUUCACUUUUGACUAAUUAUCAAGAUACAUCAUUGUCUAUUGAAUUAUUGAAAGAAAUUUGUUUCACAAAUUUCAUUGCAACACAAGCUGAUAAUGCAGCUGCUAAAACAAUGAGAACAUUUAUUAUUGAUAUGACUAGACUUGAUCCACAUAUUAUUCGAACAUAUAUUGAUCAAACAACUGAUUUAUUAACAUCAGAAUAUAUUAAAAUAGUUAGUGCCAAUUUCGACAGUGUUUUAUCCAGUUAUCAUAUUCGUGUUGCAGCUUUAACAGCAUUUUGUUCUGUUAUUGAAAAACUUCUUUUAUCAGAUGAUUUAGAUGAUGGACAAAGAAAAAUGCGUGAUAAUCUUUUACAAAUAUUACGUGUAUGUUUUUAUUUAUUUUUAAAUAAAAUUUUUAUUUUAAAUUUUAUUAGAAACAUGUAUCUGAUACAAUAUAUUGAAACAUUUGAACUUGAUCUUUAUCGAUUAAGAGUUUCAACUUGUGCAGUUCGAAAAGAUGCAGUAACACUUAUUAUGCAUAUGCUUCUUAAUAAUCCUUAUUUUGUUAUUGAUUCAACUCGAGCUCCAUUUGAAGAAAGACAAACUGAUGCUGAAACAAAAUUAGAUGAACUUUGUACAGAACUUGAAAAAUUAAAUAAAAAUAACCAUGAAGAAAAGAAAAUUGAAAAAGAAAAACUUCAAUUUGAUGAUGAUGAUGAUGAUGAAGAUAAAAGUAUUAAUGAUGAAAAUGAAAUAAAAGUUAAUAAUAAUCAAGAUGGUCUUCGAUUUAUGGAUUUGAUUGAACAAGCAAAUCGGCAUGUUGUUUAUUUAUUUAAUUCUUUUACAUUAACUGAUUGUAAACAAGUAGUAGAUUUUUUUGUUAAUCUUCGUCAUUAUCGUCUGGUUUUGCCAAAUAUUGAACAAAGUUUACGUUUAAUGUUUAGUCUUAUUUGGCCUCUUGAUAAAUCGAUUUGUAAAGCAAUUACACAAACUUUGGUUAAAAUCUAUUUUGAUGUUACACCCAUUGUUCUUCCACUGUAUGUCAAAUUCAAUUUAUCAAAUUUAUAUCUAAAUGAAAAAAAUUAUCUAAAUCGUUGA